UCUUUCUUGAGUUGUACUUGUAAGGGAUACCUAGUACUAUGGCUUACAUACACUUCUGCGACUCGUACGCGUAGGCGCGUUUUUAGAGCAAGAGGUAGCACCAGGCAGCAUCUACAAGAACAUCUUCUGCACCUUUAGUGCAGGAGCCGCUCCUCCGCCACACGACGACGACGAGGACGACCAAGAUUGCAGAUUAUGGAGUCGUCUUUUCUCAACAAUGUGUACAUUCUUUCGCCGAAACCGAGUUUCUUCGAGCUUUCGCAGGCGGAGCAGAUUGGGCACGGGCUGCACGCGGCGCUGCAGCACGUGGUCCGGGUCCUUCGUGACCGGUGGGUCUUGUGGGCUGUCGAAAGCGGGGUCGACGACGUGUGGGAAGAAUCGACGAGCAGCUAUUCGAAGUUCUUUGGUUGGCUUCUUUCAAAGCUGGUGCAGCGUCCGCAACUCGCGGAGACCAUCGGCAGUGGCGUGCUAGAAGCCUGGUUUUUGUCGCGUCGCAGCUCCUUCUUCGGCGAGCACUUUUGGGGACUGCAGAUGGAGCUCGCACCACUACAGGUGGGUAGUACUAGGUCAUCUACUUCUCACCGUCCGUCAUUUCAGGACCUGGGUGGAACAAGCUGGAAACAAAUAGCAAAAAAUGCAGUGGCAAGCCUGCAGCAAAAAAUCGAGGGCGCACAAGAUCGGUGCUGUCGCUUCGUCCACCCAGCGGAUGCCGAUUUGUUUGAGGCCCGACAACGAGAACGCCACACUAUUUCCGCCCGUUGGUCCCCCUUGGAUGCGGUAGAGCUCGAGAAGCGGCGCCAGCGGUUUACCCUUUCCGCCCGGGCGCGAGUACUGUUCGUUUUUUUGCAGGUCGUGUGGCCGGUGCUGGAAGCGCGCUGUCGGCAGGUGGUGGAUCACUGGAAGCGGGAGUUUCGCGAAGACUUUGCGCAACUGGAACAGAGUUUGCGGAGGUUCCUUUUGGAGCGAAGAGCUGCCAAAGCCACUUCUACACGAGAUGACAAGCUGCAGGUUGAUGCGCUAGAGAAAGCCUGGGAAGAGGCCGUGGGACCCCAACCUAGUACUACAGCAGAGCUACGGGGCGAUGAACCUCCUCAAGGAGUUCCGGCGGGUCAGCACCAACCGAGGAGCCCCUCUCUCGUUGCAGGAACGCAACCAGGCGCAAGAACUCUAACGCCGGCCGAAGAUCACAGCGCGGGUCGUGAUCGGAGCUUGAUCGAAGUUGUACCAGAAGGCGUAUCUUCUUCGAGGGAACAAACGUAUUAUCCCCUACUCCGGCCUGAAAACCUGAGGAUAAUUCUCCGUUACAGUCUCUACCGACUCCUGCAGUCUUCUCUUUUCAUCUGUCGAGCGGUCCAGCUCCUGUUUCGCUUCGGCUACCUGUUCCAGCGCUGUGAGAGCUGGAGCUUCUUCCUGUGGCUUUUUCGCUUGCAAAUGGUGCGGAAGCAAUUCGCAGCGGCUGAACAGCUAAGGCUGCAGACUGAAAACGCCGCUAAGCUGUUAGACGCGACAGAAAGAACGGCCGCAACAGUGGUAGGCCAAGACAAUAAGGGGGCUGAUGGUAGAAAUCGGAACUACUCAGAAGCUCUUCGGCAGACGCUCUUCGACAAGCUCCAGGCCACCCCGCAAGCGCUUUUCUGGGCGGGAUUAUACGGACUGCAGUUUUACCAGUGGUUUGGCUCCAGGGCUGAGGAGUUGCAGCCCGCCGCGGAAGCAGAAAUUCCGCCGCCCCCGAAGCCGCCGGCGCGGCUGAAAAUACCAAUCUAUCAAGACCCGCGGAUCUGUUCGCUUUGUCGUAAGGGGCGGAAGAACCCCGCACACAGCGUGUCGGGAUUCAUUUUCUGCUACAAAUGUUUGGCGGAGUUCGUGGGCAGGAAGGGUUUCUGCCCGGCCACGCAUCGGCCAAUGGAAAUCGCAGACAUCAGGCAAAUGAAACUGGCGCAGUGAAGAUCGGUGACUUCAUUGCUUUGUCUGUACAUCCUUGUGGU